ACUUAGCUCCAACUUCCACUUAUCUCACUCUCUGUUCCACCGAGGAUCUAGCUUGUCUUACCCAUCACCAUUUUCAUUCUGAUAAACCUAUAUAUACACACCUAUGUACAUAUAAGCUGUACAUUAUUGAUGGAUCCGAAGCGUACGGAUAGCCCGGUUUAUGCCCGAAAAUGGACUAGCGAGUCAGGCGGCACCGGGGGAGCUUCUUCGCCAGCAAUGUCGCCGGUCCGUCAUCACCACGUGCGUUCGGCCUCUGCCUCCGGGAUCUCUAGUGUCAAGAGGAACCAGAACUUCGCUGCCAAAGCCGCGGCUCAACGGCUGGCUCAGGUUAUGGCUUCACAGACAGCUGACGAUGACGACGAUGACGACAGCGAUGAUCCAGGGUUUCGUUACAGUGCUCCUCCUCCCAUCGCUCUAUCUAGGAACGCUAACAGGCCUAGUAAUCGUAGUAGGCCUCCUGAUACUACUUCCAGGAUCACGAGAUCUCCUUCUCCUGCGUUAGCUCGGAAUUCUACCGAGGAAAUUCCAGCCACUCGCUCGACAUCAGCUGGAAGGCCGACAAUGUCUGUUCGUUCAGCAACGCCUCCGGUGCCACCACCAACUAAAACAACUAUCAGGACCCCAGUUGCUGUGCCAUCCAUAGAGGCACCUAAAAAUUGGCAGAAGGAGAAAAGAUUCUCAUCAGAUAUUGGACAUUUCAACUCAAAAGAUAUUGGAGAUCAGCGUGAGGUUUCUGCACUUCGUGAUGAACUUGAGAUGCUACAAGAGGAGAAUGAGAACCUUCUUGAUAAGCUCAGACUUGAGGAAGAGAGAUGUAAGGAAGUAGAGGCCAGGGUUAGAGAGCUUGAGAAACAGGUACUUCUUUGCUUCUCUGAAUUGUAA